AUGUUUGCGCUGCCAAAAUGCAUUGAGCGUGUCUGGGCCGACAAAUUUGAAUCUAGAUACCAAAUCCGGAAAUACCCUUCCCCCGAAAAACGAGACAACUUCAUCCUUCCUCGAUUCUGGUGGGACCAGCUGUUCGGCCCUUCCUACUGCUCCCCGCCCGGCUCCGAUUCUACAAUCAGGGGAUAUACAGUGCACAACGGCGCCGACAAAGUCACGCUGAUCCUAUCGUUGUUCGUGGACUUCCUUCUUGGGCUCUGCACCUCCAUCUCGCUGUUUGAUCGACUCUUGGACCGGACCGAACUGAUGCUGACGGGCGUGGUGAAGAGUCUCUUAGAACAUAUCCCGAGCCUGUUCGAGUUUGCCCGCGGCAAGAUCAAGGGGACCCGUGAAGCUCAACAGCUUGCCGAGCAGGCGAAGACGCAGAAACAAGAACUGGAGACGCGCAUCGCGCAGGUUCGCGGCCAAGACUUUGUUGACUUGCGCCCACUCGUCGCCUACGACCCGGAGCCCGUA